GCGGCAGGCCCAGAAUAGCAGGGCUGGCGCGGGGACUGGCAUGGAGCAGCUCACGGCCCCAGCUGCGCGGCAGGGACGGCCGCCGGCCACGCGUCUCCGCUCAGAGGAAGCAGGUUCCUGCCUAGAUCCAGAUACCGGGGCAGCAGGCGCCGAUGCGGGGAUGAUGGGCUCCAGCGAUGGCUCCGGUACCCAGGACCCAGGCUCUGAUGCCGGGGUGAUGGGCUCCAGUGAUGGCUCCGAUACCCAGGACACAGGCUCCGAUGCCGGGGUGAUGGGCUCCAGCGAUGGCUCCGGUACCCAGGACGCAGGCUCCGAUGCUGGAGUGAUGGGCUCCAGCAUGAGCGCCGAGGCCGGCUGCAUCCCUGGCACCGGUGCCAAGGCCGAGGGCUCGGACACCAGGAGCCUCCCUUUGCACGCCGAGCUCCCGGCGCUCUGCCCAGACGCCCUGUUCCAGGGCCCCGAGGCCGAGCCCUACAUGAGGUUCCUGAGGAGCCACCAUUGUUACGCCGCGGUCCCCACCAGCUCCAAGCUGCUGGUGUUCGACACCACGCUGCAGAUGAAGAAGGCCUUCCUGGCGCUGGUGGCCAACGGGGUGCGGGCCGCCCCCCUCUGGGACAGCAAAAAGCAGUGCUUUGUGGGGAUGCUGACCAUCACGGAUUUCAUCAACAUCCUGCACCGCUACUACCGGUCCCCGCUGGUGCAGAUCUAUGAGCUGGAAGAGCAUAAAAUUGAGACCUGGAGAGAGGUUUAUCUGCAAGGCUCCCUGAAGCCCCUGGUCUCCAUCUCCCCCAAUGACAGCCUCUUCAAUGCCGUCUACCACCUGAUCAAGAACAGGAUCCACCGGCUGCCGGUGAUCGAGCCCGUGUCCGGCAACGUGCUCCACAUCCUGACACACAAGCGCAUCCUCAAGUUCCUCCACAUCUUUGGGGCCAUGCUGCCCAAGCCGCGCUUCCUGCAGAGAACCAUCCAGGAGCUGGGCGUGGGCACCUUCCGGGACGUGGCCAUGGUGCUGGAGACGGCGCCUGUCUACAUGGCCCUGGAGAUCUUCGUCGACCGCCGGGUGUCGGCGCUGCCCGUCAUAAACGAAGCCGGGGAGGUCGUGGGCUUGUACUCCAGGUUUGACGUGAUUCACCUGGCUGCCCAGAAGACCUACAACAACCUGGACAUGAGCGUGCGGGAGGCGCUGAGGCAGCGAACGAUCUGCCUGGAGGGGGUGCUCACCUGCCACCCCCACGAGACCAUGGGCGACGUCAUCGACCGCAUUGCAAAGGAGCAGGUCCAUCGCCUGGUUCUGGUGGACGAGAAGAACUCGCCGCGGGGGAUCGUCUCCCUCUCCGACAUCCUGCAGGCCCUGGUGCUGACGCCCGCAGGUAUCGAUGCUCUUAACUCUUAAGCCCGCGACG